CACGCAAGCAAAUAUCAAUGUCAGAAAGUAGAGAAACCCCCAAAACUAGAGAGCACCGUGGGGCAAGUUUGGGAAAUGACACCUCCAGUGCCCCUAGCCAGAGCACCACCAUGGCACCCAGAAAACAAACAAAAGAGGGUACAAAAGGGCAAGGAAAGAGUGGAGUUCCUACUCCGAGUGCCAAUCCUCAAAGCCUGCCCAUCCAGAAACACCAAAGCUCACCUCAAAGGACAAGUAAAACAAAGGGUAUCACUAGUGGCCCUGCAGUCCCUGGGACAUCAAGGAGAUCAGAGAGCCCAGACUUGCUUUCUGACCUCAUGUCAGCCUUUGGGGCCUGGUGUAGCUCCUCCCAACAGCUGCUGCUGUUGUUGCUUGGAGGAGAGCCAGGGUCUCAUUUCCUCCAGGAGACUUGGGGCUGCAAGAUUCACAAGGACAACCGCACCAGGGCCUUUUGGAAUUUCUACUACGAUGGGAAGCCCUUCCUCUCCUAUCAUCCAGAGACACUCAGCUGGAAGGUGGAGCCACCCUCAGCUCAGAACUUGGCUAUGGAAGUCAAGAAUUCCUGGGAUGCAGAUGGCAUGCAAAGCAAGGAUUACUGGGCCCAAGUUCAGGGAGAGCUUUGUGGAAGACUCAGGAGAUAUCUAGUCUUCUGGAAGGACUCCUCCUACUCCUCUGGAGCCUCUGCCCAGAGAACCUUGUUGUCCCCAGCAGUGAAUGUGACCUGUGCUGAGGCCCUGGAGGACACCAUCAAUGUGACAUGUUGGGCUUUUGGCUUCUAUCCCGAGAAUAUCUCUGUGACCUGGCUUCAGGAUGGGGAACCCCUGUGCCAGGAUGCCCAGCAGGCUGGUGGUAUCUUUUCCUAUGAGAAUGGGACCUACCAGACCUGGGUGUCUACCAGGAUUCCCCAAGGACUGGAGCAGGGGUUCAGCUGCCAUGUGGGACACAGUGGGAACAACAGCACUGGCUUUGUGUCCUGUGGUAAGCCUGGGAAUCCCAGAAGUGGUUCCCAACCAGGGACUGCACUGCUGCUUCCGAACCAAUGGGUUGCCUUCCUGGGUGUGGCUGCUGCUGUUGUUGCUGUGAUUAUGAUUAUUGUUUGUGUCUGCUCCUGCAAGAAAAGGAAGACAGAAUGUACCUCAGAAGGUUCAGGUGAGAAAAGCGUUCAGUGGCUGGGGAUUGCAGGGCCUAUUUGGAAUGUAGAGUCUCUUGUGCCUCCCGCUGCACAGACAGCAGUGGAGGUGACCAGCUUUCUGGAAAAGAGGAUGGAGUUCUGUCUCCAGCCACACCCCUUAGUCUUUCCAAAAGCCAGGGCUGUCAACAUUUCUGAAGGUCCAGAUGCAGCCUCUGUGUCUGCAGGAGAUCCCUCUAAAGGAGUGUCCCCUGUGGGAGAUCUGGAUUGUGACCAUGACAAUGCAAUGGGACAGAUGAUAGAUGGGCCUACAGUUCACACUGCAGAAUCUCAGGAAAACCCUAGUUUUCUUUGGAAAGAAGACCUCUGAGGACUAUGAGGAUUGUCGCCUACAGAAGCCCAUGCUAGAGCCCCUGAGCCUAUAUAACCUGGAUCAGCAGCAGAGGGCACCAAGUGACUACACUGGAUCCACACAGCUGGGGUGUCAACCUUUGCUGAGAGCUCCUGGGGCUUCAGGGGGAGCUUGCACUGGGCAGCCCUGCUGUGACAAGCACUUUAUGUCUUGGUGCCUUGGUUUCCUCAUCUCUACAAUGUGGAAACAUGUUUGCUAACUAGUGCAGCUGUUCUGUACUAGUAUUCUUAUUAUUUUACUGUAUUUUAGCACAUUACAUAUAAUUAUGGUAUUUUAAUAAAUGAGAUUAUUUGUAAGUGUCCUUA